UAAUCAUCCAACCCAUAUAUACAAACAGAGGCCGAUAUUUGCUUUCAACUGGGAAUUCGGUUCGACGAGAGGCCCAUAAAAGGGGAGCUCUCUCCCACCGUCAAAAGGGAAAAAAACAGUUGCCAUUUAGCAUCAAAAGAACAUGCAAUAAAACCAGGCACCAUUGUUUGUGCAGCCCAGUGCUUUUUGCAAUGGCCUGCAUGAGAAGAGCUGCUGCAGCGGCGGUUCUUGUGUCCUGUUUAGCCCUGUUCUCUUCCCAGGCCGAGGUCAAGGCUCUCCCGCGCGGCCCCUCGGCCCCUAUAUUCGACAAAGACUUCAAUGUGUUGCAGUUCGGUGCCAAAUCUGGAGGAGAACACGACUGCACCGAGGCUUUCAUGAAAACAUGGGUUGCAGCAUGCCAAUUCAAAGGAAGAGCCAGAGUGGUUGUCCCUCCAGGGAUUUUCAAAGCUUCAUCGGUUUUGUUUGGAGGGCCAUGCUCGUUCCCUAUAACAUUUGAAAUCUCUGGAACAAUGAAAGCGGACACAGACCUUUCUAACUACCCCAACGAGGGCUGGAUCGUGUUUGACGACAUCGACGGCUUGGUGGUCACCGGCGGCGGCACCUUCCACGGACAGGGCGAGAAAGUAUGGCAAUACAACGACUGCAAGGCUAAUCCCAGCUGUACCCACCUUAAUCCGUCGAUAUAUAUUAAUAACGUGGCGAACGCGAAAUUCCAAGGAAUCCAUUCGGUAAACAGCAUGGGAUUUCACAUGCAUAUCACGAAUUGCAAUAACAUUAGGCUACAGGGCCUUUCUCUGACUGCCCCGAAAGACAGCCCCAACACCGACGGAAUCCACAUAAGUAGAUCCCUGUUAGUGAAAAUAGGGAAAAGCAUAAUCGCCACCGGAGAUGACUGCGUUUCCAUAGGGCAAGGAUCAAUGAAUGUGAGUGUCAACAAGGUAGUCUGUGGCCCUGGACACGGUAUUAGCAUCGGCAGCCUUGGCAAGUUGCCUAACGAGAAGGAUGUGAGAGGUGUCAUCGUCAAGAACUGCACGUUGACAGAAACAACAAACGGAAUUAGGAUCAAAACAUGGUCGGGAUCCGAACCGAGCAGCGCCACAGGCUUCCUCUUCACCGGCAUCACCAUGAAAAAUGUCAAAAACCCCAUCAUCAUAGACCAAGAAUAUGGCAGUCGAUCCAGGAACAAGGCAUCGCAGGUAAAGAUCAGCAACGUUGUAUAUCAGAACAUUGAGGGAACAACUGGGUCACCAGUUGCAGUGAAACUUGUGUGCAGCAAGAAGGUUCCUUGUGAGAAUUUGAGCUUCAGCAACAUCCAUUUGAAGCCGAACAGAACCAACAUCCGGCUCAGCUCCACAUGCGUUAAUGUGCGAGCCGGCUACAGCGGCGUGCAAUUUCCAGCGCCGUGCAGUUAGCGGCUUAAUGUGUAUCUAUUACUCAUUGAUUAAUUGACUAAUUUGAUUAUAAGAAAAUAUAUAAUAUGUAUACCG